UCACACUCGCUCUCUUUCUCUCUCUAACUCUGUUUCUCUCUCUGUUUCUCUCUGUUUCUCUCUCUCUCUGUUUCUCUCUCUGUGUUUCUCUCUCUGUUUCUCUCUCUCUCUCUCUGUUUCUCUCUCUCUCUGUUUCUCUCUCGCUGUUUCUCUCUCUUCCUGGCAUUACUCCACUCUGUUUCUCUCUCUCUCUGUUUCUCUCUCUCUGUUUCUCUCUCUGUUUCUCUCUCUCUCUCUCUGUUUCUCUCUCUCUCUGUUUCUCUCUCUGUGUUUCUCUCUCUGUUUCUCUCUCUCUCUGUUUCUCUGGUAUUUCUAUCUCGGUUCUGCCGCAGUUGUGUUCAGGCUGGUUUGAUUUGUUGCUGCUGUUGAAUCAGGAGUCAGACACACAGGUACAGUAGUGGUGGGAACAGAGAUGACCACAGUCAAACGAGGCGCUGGGCACCAGGUGACAGGGUCACCGCGGAUGGACAAAGUGCAGCUCGCGAGAGGGAGGAGAGAGGAGAGAGAGAAGAGUCAUGAGGAGUUUUUGCGUGAUAAAGAGCAACGUGUACGGCAGCAGCUGGAGCGUUGUGCAGACAAACGAGGGAGGAAGAUGGAAGAGCAGAAAAAAAGGGAGGAGGAGAGGAGGGCAUCAGUGGAGGAGAGGAGACAACAGCAGGACGAGGAGGAGAAGGAGAGACUGGAGGCCCUGGUGAGAAGAAGGGAGAGAACAGGAGAGAGGGACAGACAGAUGGGGGAGGACAGCAGAUACCCUAUGGAGAACAGGCCUAAACGCUGGACCUGGGGAGGACCACCCGGAGGGGAAGAGAGUAAGCCUAAGACCCUGCCCUCUCAUGCUAUUGGCUCAGCUCUGCCUCAUCAUCCCGCCUCUGCUGCCAGUCCCAACCAAUCCAGGAACGUGUGUGACUUCCUGACACCACCCUCCCCGGACCAGCCAAUCACUAAAUGCCUCUCCAACUCUUCAGCCUCCCUGCACUCACCAGAAAGAGCAUCCCCCAGCCCCCAGCGACCGGCCUACAAAUGUUCCCCCUCCAGGAAGGCAAGCAAUGGACCCCCGGAAGACAAGACCCCCAGAACACCCACAACAGAGAGAGGCCCCGCCUCCUGUCUGACUGACUCUUCAAUGAGACGCCUAGAAUCUCCGACCACUCCCACGCGAAGCUCCUCCCCCAGAGCCCAUAGCAAAGCAAUGGGCACGCCCAAAAGGGUGAGGUCGACUAAGAGUCGUGCCCAAUCCCCCUGCUCCCCGGGACAGUACCCUCCCUCCCCCCUCCGCCAGCGACCCCCAGUAACCGAGGGCAAUCAUGAGGCCAGGGGUCAUGGAACCCUGGAGAGGAAGUCCUCCAAGCCGGACCCAACAGAGAAGAAGAUCCCCAAGUCCUGCAGCAGAGACCUGGCGACAGAUUCUCCAGGUACGCCCACAGGCAGGAACGUUGCCGGGACAACGGAUGCAGAGGAGGCGUCUAGACUGUUGGCUGAGAGGCGGCGUCUGGCCAGAGUACAGAAAGAGCAGGAGGACAAACUACGACAGGAGGAGGAGAGGUUGAGAGCUGAGGAGGAGCAGAGGAGAGAGCAGGAGGCGCGGGAGCGGCAGGCGAGAGAGGCACAACGAGCAGAGGAGGAGAGAGAGAGACGGGAGGGGGAGAGAGAGAGACGGGAGGAGGAGAGAAAGAGCAGAGAAGAGGAGGAGAGAAGGACCAAGGAGAGACGAUGGAAAGACAUGCAGGAUCAGCUGGACCGAGAGAGAGAGGAGGCGUGUCUGCGUGCUCACAGAGAGGCGGAGAGGAAGAGGCAGGAGAGAGAAGUGCUGCAGGUACAGGAGGAGCAGGAGAGACUGCAGAGGAAGAAGCGGAUUGAGGAGAUCAUGAAGAGGACGCGUAAGAGUGAAACGGACUCCUCAUCCUCAGGUGUAUGUGAUGUGAACAGGGGCCAGGCAGGGCAGGGCAGGGAGCUGGAUCAGGAUGAGUCCCCUCUCAUCACGCUGGGCCCCCUGGAGAGAAAGAGCUGUGGAGGGGACGAGCUGUCUGACGGGGUACAGUCUAUGGACGUCAGCCCUGUGUCCAGGGAUGACUUGGGUAUCGUCCAAGACUUCUCUCCCGUCAGCGAGGCGUUAAACAGCAUGAGUAACGCCCGAACCCUGGAGCACCUCCUGGACCUCACCGCCCUGCCAGACACACCCCCCUACCCCAGGCUGCAGCCGGGUAGUGCUGCAGCCCUGGGAGACCUCAACAAGAACCUGCUGAUCCAGGGUUAUAACCCCGCCUCCUUAACUAGCUCCUCCCCCAGGCCCGCCCAGCUUCUCCACAGCCUCAGCCCUGGCAAACUGGACAUCUAGUAACCAGGGUAUUGUAUAGGACUAUUGGCUGUUGGGUGAAAAGAGAAGCUAGCAGCAGCAGGGGAGUCUCUGCUCUCCUCCUUCCUCAUCAAAACUACAGAGUGGGACCAGCUCCCUGCACCUCCACCCCUCCUUCCUCAUCAAAACUAGAGAGUGGGACCAGCUCCCUGCACCUCCCCCCCCCCCCUCUCUUCAGGGGACAGGCCCUCCCCAUGCACCCCUGGACUCCACAGAGAGCAACUGCUCAAUGUCUGGCUCACCCCUUAUAUCUAUAACUCAACACAUCUACAGCUGAAUUCACCUAUGUAAACACACACUGACAUGUACACACACACACACACACACACACACACACACGGUUAAUACUCUCCCAGUAAAGUGAAGCUUUUCCUCUGUGCCCUGGCUGUAUGAUAUUGUGUAUAAAGGUGUGUCAGUGUUUGGAGGCUGAUGUAAUAUGGUUGUGUUAUCCUCCUGUAGCAUUAAUUAUGUGGUUAACACUGACCCUGUAGCACCUUCACUGGAGAACACCUCCUCCUGUAUAUACUGUAUACUGUUACACAGCUGUAACUCUAGGUAGAAGUUGCAUCUAACCACAGAUCUAGAAUCAGAUUAUUCUAACCCUCAAUAACCUUAACCUUUGGGCAGAUGAACAUUUAAUCUGACCCUGUAUCAGUGGUUAGGGGCAGCCUACUUGUUGUAACGGCUACGUUAGGAGUUUCUUUCUGUCAGUGUUUCUAGUGGUGGUCGGUUAUGAUCAUUACAGCACCACUAACACGCUGUACUACUGUUCACCAGGAGUCUACAAUCGCUAUGUAGAACUCAGCUAGCCAGUCUAAAUGUUUGCAUCCUGCAACUGGCGAAACCUACUCAUCUACAGAUGUGGAUGAUUUAGUAUAGUAAGACAAAAGUCUGGCCUUAGUUGAUAUGCUUCUGUCCACCAACACGCCAUAGCUUUAGUGGUGCGUAAAGAAAUAUGUGGAACACUGGAGCAUUUCUUAUUAUAAUCUGAGCAAAAAGAAAAGAAAACUGUGAACAGUCUUGUAUUUUUUGCUAUUUGUAGGGCUGGGGGAUAUUGAAAAGAUGUGGCAUGUGUUUUUGGCUUGCUGUGUGUGUGCUAGCUGUGGUUUAGUUACUGUUGUGUAACAGCUCUGAAAACACUCAUCCCUACUCUGUUCUGGAAAUAAUGUUUUCUCUAUAUUGCCUCUGCUUUGAACUGGACUGUAUAUGCUGCAACUCACAGUCCUAGCAACUAGCAGUCAACCUACAGCAGGGGUCUCCAACUUUGGAGCUACUGGGUGGUCCUGGAGCUAUUUGGCAUGCAGGCUUUCGUUCCAGCCCUACAGUAUGGACCAGACUGAAGACGGUGAUUAGGGCAGGAACAAAAGCCUGCACAUUCAGUUAGUGAACCCUGUCCUACAGUAUCUCAUCAGUCUAUGUAAUCGCUCAGUCAGUCAACAGCUAUAUUCACUAUGACUGUGGCUUUACCUCAUGGAGAUCUAUCUCACUACAGAGGACACUUCACAGUCUGCUGUCCACUACUGCUGGGAAUUCUACCAAUCAUACAUGCUUCCUGUACAGUAUCGGUCUUGUACCGAUCUUACUGUAACACUUGCCUUGCUUUGCUCUCAGGGCGGGUGUAGGUCAGCAUGUGUGCUCCCUCCCCUCACGGUUUCAAUCUGUUUCAGUUCCCCCCGAAGGGCACUGUGAGGUGCCAACCACUCCUCACGACCCAGCUAACCCUGUGAAGGGACACUGACUAGUGUCUAUAAUGACUCUAAUGUUGAUGCUGUAUAUCAAUUACUGGACUAGAGUAGGUAAAGGAGUAGGUAAAGGCCUGGAAAGUCUCUUUAUCUUUGCUGUCUUCAGUGCGCUUGACUCUUGAUUUAGUUGCCAUGUCUGUUCGUCCAUCAGUCAGUCCAUCCAUCUCUCUUCCUCUCUCUUUCUGUGCUUGUUCAUAAUCUAAUGCUUUCUUUGUAUGCCAAGGGUAAAUUAAGUAAACUUAAGACUUAAGGUCAGAAUGUUAUUCACUAAAAAUCACUUAACACUGUCACUGCAGCUUGGUGGAAUAUAUAACUGUAGACGUGGUGCAUGGAUCUAACUGCUGAAAACAACAAUAAAACGUCAUCAAGCCA